AUGGCUUGUGAACAUCCAAAUACAUUUGUAAAUCGUACUCGUAGUUUCCUACUUGGUUUAGAUAAACCUAUGUUUACUUCUCCUUGUGGCAAGUGUGAAGGUUGCCGUAAGGAUAUGCAAAAUCAAUGGUGGCUUCGUGUACGUCAAGAAGUAAUAGACUGUUAUGAUAAAGGUGGCAGAGUAUUUUUCCCUACCUUUACUUACAGUGAACGUUGUAUGCCUAAACAUUAUUAUCGUAAUGGUGAUGGUCGUGUAGAUUUCUUUCCUUGUUUCAAUCAUCAAGAUAAGAACAGGUAUUUAAACUCAUUUAGAAAGCAGUUUGAAAGAGAAGGUAUUACUAAAGGCUUCAAGUACUUUUGGGUUUCCGAAUACGGAGAAAUCAAUACUAAAAGAGGUCAUUAUCACGCAUUACUAUUUUUUGAUGCAACAUAUAACAAAUACUCAGAUGAAGAAAUUAUUCAGCGCAUAAAAGACCAUUGGGCAUUCGGAAUCGUUGGUGCUAAUAAAGAACUUGGUAUGAAAGUCAAUCCUUAUCUUAUUACUCAAAAUUCGUCUUAUGUUUCAAAGUACACUACUAAGUCAUUAGAAUUUUUCGACCAACCAAAGGUAAAAGCAUUCAUAGAGUGCAAAGGUAUGAUAGGACUAAAAGCAGUCAAAGAUAAGUUACCUAAGAAAUUCUGUAGUAAAGGUAUCGGCAAAGGUCUUGUAGAUUUUAUUAAGGACUCAGACGACCCUAAGAAAUUUUUCCUUGAAGGAAUACAAAUUCUUAUGGAUGAAGGUUCAAAGAACAUUAAUAUACCUCGUUACAUUUAUGAUAAACUUAUGUUCAGAUAUGAUAAAGAGACAGGUUUUAAAGAAAUGACAGAGUUCGGACAGAAUAUAAGCCAACAGAUAUUUGAACCUCAAAUUCGUGAAAGUGCUUCAAACCUCCGUAUGCAGUCUUUAGCAAUUAAUAUUCGUAGUAAGGUUUCAGAUAAAGAUAUAGAACAGUUUAUUCCUAUUGGUUAUGACAAAGAUAUUAAUACAUUAGCAAAACUUAUAAAUCAUUAUAUGAAUGGACGCACGUUUGAACAGUUAGCAAUAUAUAAGAAAGUAUUCAAAGGUAUGACUAUUUUGGACGAUUCGGAUUAUAUAUUCCUUGAAGAUGUGUUUUAUGAUGAAAAGAAAUUUAUGCGUUAUGCGAAUAGAAUUAAUAAUGAGAAAUGUCGAAUCAGUAUUUCAGAUAGACUUUCACAGGAUUGGACUGAUGAACCUAUGCUUAAAAAGGACAGUUAUUUAUAAGAAAAUGAAGACGGUGGUAUCGUUCAGAAGGUUGUUUUUCAAGAAACUCCUAUGAGUACUAUAGAAAAGCAGUUGCCCGAUUCUGAGAUUUACACCCUUGAGAAUUUAAUUAAGGCAGGUGUUGACCUUAAAACAAUUCCUGUAGGUAAGUCGGUACGUGAUAGAGAAGUGCUCGACCUUUCCUUUGAUAACUCAACUACAGCCCAUUGGGGCUUUGUGCAGCCCCUUAUGUGCCGCGAGAUGAUUCCACACGAGACACUUGAAGUACAGGCAAAUUCUUUUGUUCGUCUUGCUCCUAUGGUUCGCCCUACUAUGGCACGUAACAGCCUUAUGCAUCACAGAAUGGCUCAUCAUAUAUUCCCUAAUAGCGUGCCUUAUAUUGGUCUUAGUGUAAUUUCACGCUAUCUUAUAGGUAGUUGGUCAGAGUGUACAGUGUAUGAGAUUAAUGGUUAUGAUAACGAUAAUAAUGAGCAUAGAUGGGAUUACGACGACCUUACUCCAUUGAGUACUGCUGAGUUUAACACAAUGCAUACUGCAGGUGUUCUUCCUCAUAACGUUUCAAACGCCACUCUUAAUUUUAAGCCUACCUAUGUAGCAGGUAAUUUUGCAGUUACUUUCGAUUCUGCCGACUAUACAUGGUAUUCCAAAAUGGUAAUUCUACCGAAUGCUAUCGGACAGACUCGUCUUGACAUCUUGGAAAAACUUACUAAGAUGAUUAAUAAAAAUAAUGUCAUUGGUGGACGUAUUGCAGACUAUCUCAGUGCUCAUUAUGGUGCUAAGUAUAUGGAUGCCCACGAGCCAAAUUACAUCGGCUCAGAUUCCAUUUCAGUACAGAUUAGUGAUGUUAUGAAUUCUACAGAUGCAGGUUCUAUGCCUCUCGGUGAUUAUGCAGGUCAAGGUACAGGUAGCGGAAGCGGUUCACAGAAGAAAUUCACAGCCUCUACUUUCGGUUAUUGGUUUACCCUCGGUUGUAUCGUUCCAAAGGGAAAUUACAAUCAAGGUAUUGACAGAAAUGUCCUCCAUCUUGGUCGCUAUGAUUUCUACACCUCAGAGUUUGACGCUGUCGGUUAUCAAGUUAUGAAGAAAGCCGAAGUUAUCGGUGAAAUUACAGAUGAUACUAUUGAGUCUUAUGGUCUUGGUAUCGGUGCUAAUAAUUCAUUCGGUCUCGUUCCUCGUUAUACUGAAUAUAAACAAAGCAGAAUGUCCUUAAUGGUGAUAUGUCCCUCCGGUUCUAUGAAAGAUGAUAUGUUGCCUUAUACCUUGGAUAAGAACAUCGCUAUUGCAAGAGGUCACAAGGUUAAUGAAACAGACGGAUUCGUAACUUAUUUUCGACCCUCAAAAUUUGGUUGCUUCCUACCUCUUGGCGUUACGUUGGUAGAGAACCUUGGCUCGAAGGUAAUUAUAGUGCUCCUCUUACCGCCCCUACUCCAUCGUCUAAAGGUUCAGAUAUGUUUGCUACUCCUAUGGAUAUGGCGUCUUUUAUGCGAGGCUAAUGCUACAACUAAGUUAGCAGAGGCACAGGCUAAACUUGUAGAAGAACAGGCUAAAGGACAAGGUAUUACUAAUGAUAAUCUACAGAGACAGUUUGAUGAUGCUCACAAAGGUGUACAAAAGGCACUUGAAGAACAAGAUGCAAAUAUUGCUGUUCUCAAAGAGAAUCUCAAAUUACUUGGUAAACAAGGUGAAGAGAUUGAGGCAAAGAUUGAUUUGAUUAAAAAGGAAAAUGAACAAAUUACUAAUGACAUUUUGAUUGCUUCUGAACGUUGGUUGCAGGAGAAAGGUUUCAACGAACAAGCGUAUGAGUAA